AUGGAGAUCCAACAGGUGUGCCAAAUUUGCAACGAUCUAGAGUCCUUGACCGCUGUUGGAAGCAUUCUAGUAUACGGGCUUGAGGGACUUCCAUUUGGAUACGAAGGAGUCUCCGUUGGUCGCCUGCGAUGGAAAUGGUUGGAUCCAUGGUUUCUAGAUAACUGUAUCAGGGACUCUUCAAGCACUCACAUACGGGCUCUAGCCACGUUGCUACGACACAGGUUCCUCGUGGCAACUUACAAAAAGGUGUCAAUUGACCCUCUUCGUAAGCUUCUUUUAGCUGUGGGGCCUAUAAAUCUUCCAGUGUACAAGGUUCGGCUCUACUGUGUGUCAAAUGAUAUAAACGGCGCUCGAUUUAUAAAGCAGUGGAGAAACAAGUACGCACUGGAUGCAUACUUGAGGAACGCGUAUAGAUCAAGCUGGCUGGUUUUGCGUGAAGUAACGGAUUUUUCACUGGAGUCGUGGAAUGGUCUGACGCUUCCUGAUCUCAUAGUGAUGGUGCCAUUGGCCUCUGAAAGCAAAUCUCCGAGAGCCAAACAAGAGGCUACUCAUGAGUCAUUUCAUCUUAAACGUUGGUUGAUGUCUUUGCCUAACCAAAAGCCUGUGCUGACACCCGAUCCGUCGCUUGAAUCUGUCGUCAAAAGGAUUUACGAUAAUAUCUCACCUCCUGACCUCUCCCGCUACGAAGAUAACGGCUACACUGCUUCGAAUGGUAUUCUCUCUUUUGAGGAGACGAUCAAGGGAUUAAUAAAUGGCUAUUAUCAUGAUAGAUUCCCUCUACAGGGUAUCAGUUCCACAUUGUAUCCAUUUCAGCUCAAGUCAGUUUGCGCCAUGUAUGAGAAGGAGCUGUUAAAAAAGCGAGAGGUCGUACCAAAUUUUACGUCAGUGAGCUCCCCAACGGGUCUGACAUAUUAUGUCAAUAUCUUCAACUUCGAGAUAUAUCGAUUACCCGAGCUAUUUCUCCUCCCCAGAGGUGGAAUUUUGGCUGAGAAUAUGGGUCUCGGCAAGACUCUUAUGUGCCUCUCGUUGAUUUGCUUGACGAAGCAUCAAAUCUCAAUGAUUCCGGAUGACGCUAUUCUUCAUGAUGAUCAAAGUUUGGAUGGUACGGACAAUCAAGCUUCUAUUGAGCUACCCCAGACUUUGAAGCCACUCUGGGUAAUCUGCAGAGAUUUAAUCUCUCAAAUGUCUCUACCCUGGAAAUAUUACAAAGAUGAUCUUCCAUCUUCAGUCAUUGAGAAGCUAUCGACCCGACCAGGCUAUUUCAAGCUUUCUCUAGACACCACUAACAAUCAGCUUGGACUACGUGCUCGUCAAAAAGCGGUAACCCAUGAUAGAUCUCGUAUGCUUUACCUUUGCAACACUUCCUUAGUGGUAGUUCCUGAGAACCUCCUACAUCAAUGGCAUAGUGAAAUGACCAAGCACGUUACCACAAAUUAUUUGAGAUCACUUUUUGUAUCAGAUCGAUUCAGAGAAAGUAUGCUGACGGAGAGUGCAGCAUACAUGAGUCGACUACCUCACUCAGCCAGAGAGUUGAUCCAGCAAGAUCUCAUUGUCAUGACCAUACCCCUGUUCUUGAAACAGAGCCGUUCAGAUGAUACCAUACUUAAGUCCAUAUACUGGAAAAGACUCAUAAUAGAUGAAGGUCAUUCAAUGAGCUCCAAAUCAACAACUCUAAGUUCAGAGUGCAAAGCGCUCUUUUGUGAGAGCAUGUGGGCUGUCACAGGAACGCCUACCUCCGGCUUGACCAAUCUAUACAUGAAUGAAGAGGAGGCAAUACAAUCGAGCCCUACAAGCAAGAAAAGAAAGUAUACAGUGAAGAGUAGCUUCAGUGUGAGGGAUGAUUUGGCUAGACUUGGGAAUCUUGUCUCAAACUUUUUCAAGAUCGAACCCUACCAUAGUCAACCUCGACUUUGGGGCACUACUAUUGUGCAGAAGCUAACCUCCGGUGAUUUCAGCACGGAGCCGAACUUGAAACAGCUCUUGAAUUAUCUUUUAGUCAGACAUGAUCUUUCUGACAUUGAGAGAGACUUGAAGCUACCAAAGCUUCACCAUGAAGCGGUUUACAUUACACCUUCGUAUCAUAAUAGACUUGCAAUAAACUUAUUCACAGCCGUCCUAGCUGUGAAUGCUGUUUCUUCAGAGCGAGAAGGAUCUGACUAUAUGUUCGAUUCGAAAAACUAUCAGCAGCUCAGAAGGUUGGUCAAUAAUCUCCAACUUGCUACCUUCUAUUGGACUGGUUUCAAACGACAUGAUAUCGAAACACUACUUAAGAUAGCACAAAACUGUUUAAAGAAAGAGAGCGCACAGAGGCAGCCAUAUUAUUCUACUAGUGAUCGAGAAUUACUCAAUAAAUCAAUCCAGGCUUCUAUGGAAGCAUUAAAAGAUCCGGGAUGGAAUAUAUCAGCGUCUUUUCACGAAAUGCUUUAUGACAUUGAAGGUAUCCCCAAUCAAAUUGCUGAAGGUUUCAGGUUAGGAUCUGGCAAAAUAGGCCCUCUUUUAGGUGCACCACAGAUUAGUGCUCUUCAAAAUUUUUAUUAUAAAAAUAGAUUUCUUGACAUGAGUGAUCAUAUAAAAUUGGACUCAAAGCUUCGAGACUUCACAACACGAUUUUGGGGGCUGUACUGGAAUGAUUUAAAGCGAAGAAAUGGAAAAGAGAAUGCUCGGCAUCCUGGAGAGCAUGAUAUGCUUUCAGUUAGCAAAAACAGCUUGGUUGAUUCCAAUGCUGAUUCUGAUAUCGAAAUUUUGCAAAAGAAACACAUCCUUCAAAAUCUUUCUAUCCAAGAAGAUAGAAAAAUGCCAAGAGUAGAUAGAGUCGUCAAUCUAAGAGAUGCAUCGAUAAAAGGCACUGCUUCCUCAAAGCUAUCAUAUCUUACUUCAAAGCUUGUUGAGAAUCAACGCCUUGGUCUAAAGUCCAUCGUCUUUUUCGAGUUCGAAGACUCUGCCUACUACCUUUCGGAAUUUUUAGACAUUGUUGGUGUCAAUUACAUCCUUUACGCUACUUUCAUUGACGCCAGUCAACGUGCCAAUAACCUCAUCGAUUUUGAUAAUCAUGAUGUGAAGAUUCAUGGAGGUACCACUUUAAUCAUGGAUUUAAGAUUAGCGUCACAUGGGUUGACAGUUAUCUCGGCAACUCGGGUAUACUUUAUGUCACCGGUGUGGCACACAACAAGGGAGGCCCAAGCUAUUAAGCGGGCGCAUCGCAUUGGUCAGACACAAGAGGUUUAUGUCGAAACCCUCGUGAUGAAGGGAACGCUUGAAGAAGAAAUUUAUAGGCGUCGAGCCCAAAGGAACGAGAGCUCCCUCGAGGAUAUGGAUACGAAACACGAGAUGAUUGAUGACGCAGGUAUGCAACAAUUUCUUUUAAGGCACGACUUUUUGCCCCAGGUGGAGCACCUGGAAGAGUUCUCUUCCUUCAUUAUUCCAUCCCAUGGUUCUCCCUAUGAGGAGGACGUUAUCAAAGCCGAGCUUGAUACUGAUUCUCUUCAAUCACACACAAUGACAAACAAGAUUGAUCAUGGAAAACUCUAUCAUCAUUGGAAUAUUAAGCUUUUCACUCAAGAUAACUUAAAUAAGCUCAACAGAGCGAAGCAACAGAAACCUUCUAUAGCACAGGCUAACAAAGAGUUGCUCCAUAUAAACAAUGCCUCGGAGAAUGUUAGCCCCGAGAGGAGAGAACGAGUUGGCAAAAAAAGACGCGUACAGUUCAGGUGA